AAUCGUACAUUUUAUAAAAUCUAGGGAAUUUUUUUUGGACAGUAUUUCUAAACAAAGACAAUAAACUGUUGAUAUUUUACAAACUGCAACACUGUACGUGAAAAAUCAAAAACAAUACAUUGAACUUCGAAGUCAGCUGAAUCGUGGACUAUUUAUUUAUUAAAUUUGUGUGUCGAUGUUUUAUUUAUAAACUGAAACAAACACUAAACACAAUGGCAACAGGCGUAAAACCUCGUGAUGAAGAAUCUAAGCUUACGAGAGCCGAUCUUGAUAUCUUACAAGACGCCAUGAAACAUAAGAAGUUUCGAGAUUUGUUAACCGAAUAUUGUGAAGAGAUACGUGACCCGGCGAAUCAAGCGGUUUAUCAAAAAGAAAUGACCCAGCUAGAGAAGGAACGUGGUUACGACGUUACUUUUAUCAAUCCAAAAGGAGGUUAUGUGAUUAAAACAAGCGUAGCGGGUGAUCGGAAAGCUUUUAUUAAUAUCUGUAGCAACGAAAAUAUCGAUAAACCUUCGUGCAAAGUUCAAGAUAUUAAUGGGCAAAAAGGUAUGAGCUGGCAACUCCCAUAUUCUCUUAUUCCGCCAAGGGAAGAUUAUAAUAAUAAAAAGGAAAGGUGUGUUAUUUACGACGUUGUUUUCCAUCCCGAUACAUUACGCAUGGCCGAAGUUAACAAGCGUUUCCGGGAUCUUGUAAAUAAAACUGCAUUUGAUGGUCUUCAAAAAUCAUAUGAAAUCCACUUAGAUAUUAAUAAUGUACGUUUUCCGAAGUCCUAUUACAAAGGUAUGUCUGUACCUGCAGUUAUCAGGAAAGAAAACCCUGAUUAUAAACCUACUGAAGAUACAGAAAAUAGUGAAGCAGAUCCUGAAGGCUUAGAAAAACUAUAUCCUCAACAUAAUUAUUCACAUGACAAUAAUGAACAUGUAUCUAUACCACCCAGUGAAAAGACGAAGUCUGUGAAAUCUACUAAUAUUGAUUUCACCCAUACCAGUGGCAAGGGAUAUACAGUACCAAAAUAUACAAUUAAACAACAGAAAAAUGUUGAUUUUCAAGAAUACACUUACAGCAAAGACAGUAAAGAGUACACAGCAAUUCCCAGUCAUAUUAUUGUGGAAAUUAACUUACCCUUGCUGUCAUCUACAAAAGACUGCAUUUUAGAUGUUAAAGAACGAGACUUAAACCUGACUUCAGAGAAACCAGCAAAAUAUAAACUUGAUAUUAAACUUCCUUAUACUGUUAACGAAGAUAGUGGUAAAGCACAAUUUGAUCAAAGUAAACAUCUAUUAAUAGUUACAUUACCAGUCUUUAGAAGGACUUCUAAAAACAGUGAUAAAAUAGAUAGUGGUGUCGAAAGUGAAGAGUUCUCAGGGUCCCAUAGCGAGGAGGAGGGUAAAGAGGAAAGUAAAGAUUUAAUUGUGGAGUUAAAUUCUUCUUCCAUUGUUAUGACAUCUGAACCAGAUAACCAUCACCAUGAAAACAGCUUUCUUCUGCCAAACAUUGGCUAUAUUCUUCCUGCAUACACAUACAACAUGUUAGAUGAUAUAGUUGCUUUUACAUUUCAUGUUAAAAACACUGAUCCGGCAUCAGUGGAAGUUAAAAAUAUUGAUAAUAUAGUAGAAAUUAAGUUUACCUCUAUGGGGUCUGGAUUUGUUCCAGUUCAUUAUGCUGCCAUUCUGUCAUUCUGUAGUGACAUUAAAUUCAAUGAUGCUAUUGGUGAGGCCUGGGACAAUAAUGUUAUCUUACAAUUAGAAGUUGCAGGCAGUGUGCCUACUGAAUUUGAAAUUGGUUUGAGCAAAGAAUCUAUGACAAGGGAGUAUUUAGAUGUCUCUAAAAUACAGACCACUAAAACUGAAGUAUGUGAUAGCUUGCCCAAGAUUCCUGAAGAUAAUGUUGCCCCAGUCGUUGAAGUUACAAACUUUGGUAUUGAAACAAAUAUACUUUUAUCAAAUUCUAAUCAAAAAGAAUAUGAAGAUGAUGACACUAUGAAAGAAACUAAUAUAACCUGGAUUGAAACUGAAAAACCCUGUGAAAAUGGAGCAAAACCUAUAUUGAGGAAGCCUAUUACAAUGAUGAGAAGUUAUUCUGAAUCAAGUUAUGGAGAUGUUGCAUCAUCCAUGGAUUACAUUAGUUCUGACUGUGUCCCAGAAGAGUCAAGCUUAAAAAAGACUGUUAGGUUUAAUAACAUUAUUUCAAGACAAUUUUACAGAUAUAAUUCCUCUAUAGAAGGCCAAAAGAAGAAAAAUCAACGAAAAAAAAGUAAAAAGCGUAACCUAGAAAGAAGAAAAAGUGAGAGUGAAGCUGAAGAUGAUUCUUCAAACCAUCAGUCUAAGCCCCGUCUGAAGUCAGCCAUGAAAGAGCGUCGCGACAGCGGUCUAGCAGACACUUCGGACGCCGAAGGUAACAAGAACAUGUCUGACAUUGACAUGUACAAUUCUGCCACCGAAACAGAUGAAAAUUGUAACGGAAACGAAUCCAAUUCCGAAGAAUUCUACAAAAAAAUUAAUAUAACGUCCCAACGAGAAAAUAAUGUUAAGAAGACACCUAAAAAGGGUAAGCGCUUCGAUGAUAUCAAGCAUAAUACAAAGUUAUAUGAUCCUGACAAAUUGAACAAGGGUCAGUACUUGGAAGUGAAGUUUAAGAAUGAUCUCAUAUUUGAUUUAGACAUGUAAUGUCAUUUUAAUUUUUAGAAGAGCUGUAUUGAGUUUUAUUUAGUCCAGUUUAUAAGCGCACAGAAAUGACGCAUCCGGUUUUCUGUUCUCGUACUGUGCGCUGCUAAUGUUUUAUAUUUCCCUGAUAAUUAUGUUCCUUUAAACCUAGUGUUUUCUUGUUAUUGUAGAAGUUUAUGACAAUGGUUUAGAAUCAAUUGCUUUUCAAACAUCAGAAACUUCUUUUUAAAAAUGGCACGGCUGUCUGUGGGCAAGUAAUCAUAUCAAUGUCAAUGUCAAUUAUUAAGCCCAGUGAAUUUUACCAUAGAUGUAAUUUAGUUAAUAUCGGAACCCAAUAAAUAAAAGGGAUUUGUUUUGUCUUAAUUUUAGUUGUCAAACUAUUUUACAUCAGUGUCGUAUGAAUAAACAUUCGUAAAUGUUAUCAAUCAACAAGAAUGUUAUCUGUGAAAAAGUUUGACCUAAAUAUACGAUAAUUAUUGUAUAAUUAUUUAUCAAAUAAUUGCGUAGAUAAACUUCCGUUUAAGAAAUGGUUUGUAUUAUUGAUACUUUAAUAUAAAAAUAUUAUUAUAUAUAGAUAUUGCGUGUGGUUAAAAACCAUAGUAACGGCUACCAUGUCUAGGUGUUAUAUUAAGAGCGGGCAAUAACCAAAGUCACUCAUCGUAGAUUUGAUUUCAUAUAAAAAUGUUAUGUUUGAAUUAAAAACAAUAAAUAUAUAGUGUUCCUUCACUAUAAUUGCAAUGGUUUACUUAAAUUAAAAACACAAUAUAUUAUAAAUUGAUCGAUAAUAAUAUCACAAAGUCACCUCUAUUUUUUGUCUAAUUUCGUUAGUUUGGUCAAGCUGUUACUAGUGAUUUCAUAAAAUAUUGUAUAUUUUACGAGUUAUUUAAUUAAAAAGUGGAUUGCGCUUACUUAAUUUUUCUGUCUCAUGUCACGCGAUCUUUGGGUAUUUGUUUGUUUCAGUCGAGAACACUACGUUUCUUUGCGCGCUAGCGCUCUAUACAAUAUUAUAAAUUUCAAGAAUAAAAUAAAUACCAUUACUAAAGACUAAACUAACAGUCUUUCACUUUUAUUUUAUUGUAAGAAUAUCUAAUACAUAACUAUUCACAUCAAACCGCGUAUAUGUAAACUAAAUAUAUAUUUAUUGAUUUUAUUGAAAAUGAUACUUUCAUAAUUGUUUUUGCCUCUGAUAGGUGUCAAUAAAUAGAUAAAAUAACUCAACUAAAAAUAUUUGAUGAAAAAAAACUCGUUUUAUAAUUUUUUAAAUGGUUUAUUCGUCAUAAAGAUUACUCUUACAAACAAACUAAAACAACAUGUCUUAAGUUUUCUAAUAUGUAAUAGUAUAGAUGACCACAAAUUCUACGUUAGGGGCGUCCACUUCACUAUACUACAAUACAUACAUGACAAUUGACAACAAAUACAUAAAAUUGUAGCAAAUAAUAAAUAUAUUUCCCAUCUACAGCUUAUUUUUUUUUGGUAUUACAAAAUUUCGUGCAAUAUAUUAGUUAAUGCCCUGUUCAGCUCUGACAAUUACAAAAAACAGACUUAGCUGCAGGUUAAUAGCCACGCAUUACGCAAACCGCAUAAUAAUAUUUUAUCUAAUUGUAUUGCUUACACUAUGCACUGUACAAAAUGUCCUCGACGUGUCACUUAACGCUGUGUACUGUAGAUGCGCAACCGUUGCGUCGCGGUGAUUGCGUUUGUCACUAAAACGGUCGGAGGGAGACGCGUGGGUGAAAUCAAAAACUCCUUUGAGUGUUCUUAAACGUCCUGUUAGCCUACAUAAGGCCUAAGUCGAAAGUUGUUUUUUCACCAUCACGAAACUAAAACUACUACGACAUUGAGUUCCUUUUUUAAAUGAAUUUUGAUGAUUAUAAAAUUAUGUUAAGUUGUCAUAAUUAUAGUGUCAAAUUUAUUUUGAAGUUGUCUUGUAAUCAUUUUACGACAUUGAUUAAUAAUAAUGCAUUGAGUUCUUUUUUUAAAUAUAUGAAUUUUGAAAAUCAUAAAUAAUAAAAUUAUGUUGUCAUAAUUAUACAAGUGUCAAAUUUAUUUUGAAGCUGUCUUGUAAUCUUUUGAAUCGUAAAUAAUGCUCAUUGUAGACAAUAUAAUAUACGACAGGAAUGAUUAUAGUACAAACUAGAUGUAAAUUUGCAACAUAGCCUUAAGAUAAGCAGAUUUUGUAAUAGGUUUGACUUUUCAAUAUUAAUUCGGUAAUUCGAUAAAACUGUUGUCAUAAUACUUGCAUUUAAUUAACUUUAGUCGAAUGUAUUAAACCGGCUACUACAUUAUCAUUUAUGUAAUUUGUAAUUUUGCCAUCCAACGCAUUCAUGGUAGUGUAUUGGCGGCGUUAGUUACGUGUUUGUAACUUUAAUUGUGAUGUUUAUGAUUUUAAAUAGAUUUAUUAAACUUA